CGAGAUUUGACGGAAGGGUAAGCAACCGAUUCAGAACAGAAGAACAACUCAGUGAGCGAAAGAGAGAGAAGAGGAAGAGAGAAGAAGAAUGGAUCCAGAGCAAGUGGACGAGUUCGUAAUGGGCUACUUGAAGAAGAAAGGCUUCAACAGCGCAGCUAAACAGCUUCAAGAAGCUCUUCACCACAACAAUGGCGGCACCUUCAAUUCCACGGAUUACCAUAACGAUCCUGAGCUCACCAAGCUCAUCCGCUCCUUCUCCCAAUCAGAGAAUGAUCCAACUCGGUACCGUGAUGGUUACAGCAAACUUAGGUCAUGGGCAUAUAACUCGUUGGAUCUAUAUAAACAUGAGUUGCUCCGAGUGAUGUAUCCUGUGUUUAUUCAUUGUUACAUGGAUCUUGUUGGUAAAGGACACACUCGAGAAGCGAGAGCCUUCUUUAACAGCUUCCGGAAAGAUCAUGAAAUGAUACAUUUACGGGAUCUUCAGAAGCUGGAAGGCGUUCUUGUUCCUUCUCAUCUAGAGGAGAUGGAGUUUGCUCGUUCUCUUAGACAAAGCAAGGUCAACAUCAAGAUUUGUCAGUAUUCAUAUGAUCUGUUGCUUCAGUAUCUACAUAGGACGGAAUCUACUUUAAUGCUUGGUAUUAUUAACGAGCACAUCAAUUUCCAAGUCUACUCGGGACAACCAAAUUCCUCAUCUGAUGACAUAGACGCUGUCACCAUUGUUGGGAGUUUUCAGGAGACAGCUGAUCACAUUAAUCAAAAAGAAAUACAGUGGGGAUUGCUUGAAGACUCGCUCGAAGAUCGCCUCGAGAAGACGGGAAGUCUACUGUCUGAUUCUGAGAAGGGACAAGGAGAAAGUAAAGACGGGGACGUGGACGAUAGUAAGAAAAGAUCCAACGAAAUUGGAAAGCAAGGCUCUUCCUUAAAAAAGUUAAAGAAGGACAAAGCAGGAAAUGCAACAGCAAAGGUUGCACGUCAGGAGACCAGCAUAGUAUCGCCGGCACCACGUGUGAAACCGGAACUUGCCUUGCCAGUCAUGUCAACGGAUGUAGAAGAAUCCAUCCUUGAAGACCUGAGAAACCGUGUGCAGUUGAGUAGUGUUGCAAUGCCAUCUGUCAGCUUUUAUACAUUUGUUAAUACUCAUAACGGCUUAAACUGUGCAUCUAUAUCUCAUGAUGGUUCUCUGGUUGCUGGUGGCUUCUCAGAUUCAUCAAUAAAGGUCUGGAACAUGGCGAAGAUAGGACAAGCUGGUAGUGGUGCUUUGCAAGGUGAAAGUGAUACAAAUGAUCAAAACGUUGGACCAAAUGGCAGAAGAAAUUAUACAUUAUUACUGGGUCACUCAGGGCCAGUUUACUCGGCCACUUUCAGUCCACCUGGAGAUUUUGUAUUAUCUUCUUCAGCAGAUACAACGAUACGGCUGUGGAGCACACAACUAAAUGCCAAUCUUGUGUGCUACAAAGGUCACAAUUACCCUGUAUGGGAUGUCCAGUUUAGCCCUUUCGGGCAUUACUUUGCAAGCUGUUCUCAUGAUCGCACUGCACGGAUUUGGUCGAUGGACCGAGUACAACCUCUGCGGAUAAUGGCAGGGCAUCUAUCUGAUGUUGAUUGUGUACAGUGGCAUCCCAAUUGUAACUACAUUGCGACCGGUUCUAGUGAUAAGACGGUGAGACUCUGGGAUGUGCAAACUGGGGAAUGUGUCAGGAUAUUCAUUGGGCACAGGAGUAUGGUUUUAUCAUUGGCGAUGUCACCAGAUGGGAGAUAUAUGGCCUCUGGUGAUGAAGAUGGAACCAUAAUGAUGUGGGACCUCUCAACAGCUCGCUGCAUCACACCUCUCAUGGGCCAUAAUUCAUGUGUAUGGAGUCUCUCUUACAGCGGCGAGGGGUCUCUUCUGGCUUCUGGAUCUGCGGACUGCACAGUGAAACUGUGGGACGUCACUUCAAGCACCAAAUUGACCAAGGCCGAGGAAAAAAAUGGAAACACAAACAGACUGCGCUCACUCAGGACUUUCCCCACGAAGUCCACACCAGUUCACGCUCUCAGAUUUUCUCGGAGAAAUCUGCUGUUUGCUGCAGGAGCGCUCUCAAAACCCGCAAGCUGAUAUAAAACCAAAUGGUAUCUGAGAUUUGCUCCUUUUUACAUUCUUGCAAGCUGUUGUAGAUCAGAAGAAAUCAAGUGUAGAAUAGUCAGUUCUCUUGAUACUCUUAUCAUUAUCUCCAAAAGGUUUACUUGUUUAUGGCCUUGGCUUGUCAUUUCUAAAUUCCAAAGAUGUUGAGAUUCUCUUAGUAAACUACUAUGUAACCAAUCCGGAAAUCACUUGGAGCAUGUUUGGUUUGUAGGAUUUUCCAAAAAAAAAAAAAAAAACCUUUUGAAAGACA